AAGGCGUGCUGUGCGGGCCCGAAGUUCCCUCAGAAAAACCACACAUCUCCCCAGCCUACCAUGGCAGACGAAAUUGACUUCACUACUGGAGAUGCAGGGGCUUCCAGCACUUACCCUAUGCAGUGCUCAGCCCUGCGCAAAAACGGCUUCGUGGUGCUCAAAGGACGACCAUGCAAAAUCGUGGAGAUGUCAACUUCCAAGACUGGGAAGCAUGGUCAUGCCAAGGUACACCUUGUUGGAAUUGAUAUUUUCACUGGCAAAAAAUAUGAAGAUAUUUGUCCUUCCACUCACAACAUGGAUGUUCCAAAUAUUAAGAGAAAUGAUUAUCAACUCAUAUGCAUUCAGGAUGGUUACCUUUCCCUGCUAACAGAAACUGGUGAAGUCCGUGAGGAUCUUAAGCUGCCAGAAGGUGAAUUGGGCAAAGAAAUAGAAGGAAAAUACAAUGCAGGUGAAGAUGUGCAGGUAUCUGUCAUGUGUGCCAUGAGUGAAGAAUAUGCUGUGGCCAUAAAGCCCUGCAAAUAGACAGGAUCUUCUACACAAGCAGGGCCGUUAGGUCUGGAUCUAGUUGUCCCAAAGCUAUAGCCUUCAUAAGCAACCUCAUGUUUUAUUCUUGUUAUGUUUCUAUCAUUUUGAAAUUGUGCUGGCUUAGUUUUGCAGGCAGUUAGUAACUUUAAAAGAAUAUAUCAAGGUGUAUAAUUUUAUAAAGUGUCUUUCCUAUAACAUUCCUCUGGUUUCUAGUGUGUGACCAUAAGAAACAGAUACAGUAGCUUCAGUACAUGUCACUCGUCUGACAAAUCACUCCUGGAGUUAAGUGGUUGCCAAACCAGGGUUUUAAAUCAACAAUGUAGCAUCUAGUGGAAUGGAAAUUUUAUGCAUUUAAGUUGAAUUGUUCUUUGCUGAUUUCAGACUUCAUAUCUAGAAUUUACAGAUUAUAAAAUGGAAUUGUCAAAGCUCCAGCCCUGUGUGGCUGACACACUUCCUGAAACUAAACUCAUCAAAAAAUGGCGUUCUCUUGGUGGCCAGGUGUCCCAUGUAGUGCCUGCAUCAUGGCCUCCUUUCCAGACUGGUGACAGACCUAUGCUGUAGUUUAGUCUGUUGUGGUAAUAGGAACUAGAACUGCCAAGAGAAUCUGAGCAAGUCAAACAGUGCUGAAGAAGACCUGGGACAGCGGCCAAGAAGGGGGCGAGACUGUGGGUUUUAUUUAAGACCUCUGUGAUCAGCAUAUGAAAUAGAGUGAACUCUAGUUGUAUUUUUGCUUUUGGCUAUGUCCCCAGCCUGUGCCCUAGAAGGACUGGCCUUACAGGGACUCUGCACGACCUCCAGCCGUUAUUUGUGAGUGUUCAUAAUGUUGGUAAGCCAGCUCUUCCCACUAUUUUUAAAGUAGAUUUAUUUUUGACAUUAGUCUAAAAUUAGGAAUUAAGUUGUUUUUGAAUUCUUGACUUGUAAAUGUAUGUACACUUUUGUAAAGUGGAAUAGAGGUAAACCAUGGAAGAAUUAUUUUAAGUGUCUCUGUAUGUAUAUAUAUAUAUUGUUCUCUUAUGAUUUCUGUUACAGAUAUAAAAUCUAACUAGGAAACGA